AAACAACUCGCAAUUCACGUCAGUCUCUACUUGCCUCUCGUCGAAAUUAGUCGUUUCACUGUGAAAAAUAAAAAAAAAAUGUUUCUGUGCAGCACUUGUGGGGAAUUGUUUUCCUAUAAAAGGAAUUUGACAAGACAUGCGAAGACUUGUAAUGCCAAUGAAAUCCAAACUGCCACGCCCCAAACCAGCGUGGACGAGGGUGCUAGCCUUAGUAAACAUAUGUGCCAAAAAUGUUUGAAAUCCUUUAGCAGAAGUGAUAGUUUAGGCAGGCAUAUGAAGAUUUGUAAAGGAGCCCCUAAUGUCAAUCAGCCUGAACCAAAAAAUUUAGAGAAGACCUCCCUAAAAAGGACGAGCUCUGCCACUAACAUCAAUCAGGUAGAGCCAGAGUCUUCGGUGCCAAAGAGAGCUAGACUUGGUUUCAAUAACGAACACUUGGUAAUGCAGGAGGAGGUGUUUACUUAG